AUGAACACUCGUGCCAAGCAGAAACAAGGAUACAAAAGUGUUAAGGAGGUUUUUCCGAAGGAGAAUUCAAGACACGGAAUGAAAAGUGUAAAAAGUGAACAGCAAACGACUAAUAAUGCUCCGACUCCGAAAAGAAACCCGUUGAGAGGAUAUCAAGAUAAUAAUUUUUCGUCGAGUUUGCGAAAUGAUGGCAUCUAUUCUCCAAUUGAGCAUCCAACAUUCGAAGACGAAAGUGACAAAUACGAGGAUAUGGGAAAGACGUUUACUGAUCUAAAACCGGUUUCGUACAAUGAGACGGUUGAAAAUUACAACGAGGACUUCGAAGAAGAAGAUCCUUUGAACAACUCACUUCCAGUGUCUCUUUCGAAUGCUAUGAAAGAAGGAAAUCUGUUGAAGGUCGGUCAAUUAUUGCGACGUGCUCUACAACAAAACUCUCUGAGCGAAGUACAACUUAAAGAAUUGGCUUGCUCACUCGAACGUCCUAAUAUCCCACUGAUGUCAAUGCUUAUGGCUAACGAAAGAAGCGAUUUGGAAGACAUAAAAUCCUUUAACGCUGCCUCUCUCUUUCUUCUCACUUUGCCUCCGAAGUUUGAGAAACCUCUUAAACGUCUGGAGUGCUCAGUCAAUUCACUGUCACAUGCGAUUAAAGAAUCGAACCCAUUGGAAGUUCUGGAACACAGGGAACUGGAUAAAUCCCACAGAAUCUCUUCGAUCGAAUGCUUCUUCGAUCAGGAUUUGAAUAAAUUUUACGCCAACUAUGUAUUCGUCGGAGAGAGUGUCAUUUAUCAAUUGACUAAUAUGCUAGUGCAGCUAUUCCGAAAGAUUACCAACCCGUCAUUCAAUAUCUGGAAAUACUCAUUCCAUCCAAGAAGUUGUAAAGCCGUGGAUUCGAAUUUCUUGCCCAUUCCUGAGCCUGUUCUUCGAUCUUUACAAGAAUUCUGCUUCGACAUCUGUGAAGCUUUCCUUCCUGACGAACUUCUGACUGGAAACAUCGAUUCUACAAGCAGUUUUAUGGAAAAACUUCCUCUCAUUACUCCAGAACAAGAAGUGCUUCGCAGAAGAUCUAUCCGACAAACUGUCUUAAAAAUGACAAACAACAGCAUCUGGCAAGCAAUGCGAACUAUUCGGAAUUAUCACUUCAACAAGGUCACGGAAACUCUCGUCACGUGUUCCGGACGAAGUGAUUGCGCCACACAUUUGAGAUGGGAGCAUUUGAAGGCUUUCCGUGAGAAUGCCCGCUCACAAGAUAUGUCAGCCGAUAGUUACACACCAGAAGAUAUCUACAAAUUCUCUGAAAAUAUGCCAACAACACCACGACGUGACAAUCGAAAACGCCUCCAUGCGAACUCUUCUUUGUGA